AUUGUAAGACGUUAUAGUUUGUUAUCUUAUCCUGGGUAUUGUGCACGAAGCUUAUAUUCUACAGCGUGGAGGGGUGUAUCAUACAUUUGGGAACUAGUUAGUGGUAAAAAACAAGAAGAAUUGCCCGAGCGUGCGAGAUGGGGAAACGAAACCGAGUUCCUGAUGUCGUGUAUUGCCACGUCGGUAGGCCUCGGCAACGUGUGGCGGUUCCCCUUCGUCGCCUACCAGAACGGCGGCGGCGCCUUUCUCUUUCCCUACCUCCUAGUACUUUUCCUAGUUGGAAAGCCCAUGUACUAUCUUGAAUGUAUGAUUGGUCAGUUUAGUUCGAGAAAUUGUGUGACGAUCUGGGAGAUGUGCCCUGCAAUGAAGGGAACAGGUUACGUGCAAGCCAUGGGCACUGGCUACAUCCUAUCAUACUACGUGGCCAUCGUCGCAAUAUGCAUGUACUACCUGGUAUUCAGCUUCCGAAAGACCCUACCGUGGGCGGUGUGCGACAAAUCCUGGACGGACGUGAUAUGUGUGCCUUCUCAUCGUGCCGGACAUAUUGAGAAUUUUGAGAAUGCUACGAGCAGUGCUGAACUGUAUUUCCUGAGAACAGUGCUUAAUCAGCCGCAGAAUAUUGACAAUGGAAUUGGUUACCCGAUCUGGUACCUGGUGCUGUUCCUACUACUGGCUUGGGUGAUCAUCUUCUUGAUUGUGGCACGUGGCGUCAAGAGCUCGGGCAAGGCUUCCUACUUCCUCGCCAUCUUCCCAUACGUCGUCAUGCUGAUCCUGCUGAUUACUACUUGCACCCUAAAAGGAGCUGCCAAUGGAAUGUUGUUUUUCCUCACGCCUCAGUGGGAUAAGCUUUACGACCUCGAAGUGUGGUACGCAGCCGUGACGCAAGUGUUCUUCUCCCUGACUGUGUGCACGGGCGCCAUUAUUAUGUUCUCCUCAUACAACGGCUUUAGACAUAAUGUGUACAGAGAUUCAUUGAUCGUCACAACCCUGGAUACCUUUACUAGCCUGUUGUCUGGUAUUACUAUCUUUGGUAUCAUGGGCAACCUGGCACAUGUGCUGCAACGACCCGUGAAGGAAGUUGUCGGUACCGGCGGCACCGGUCUAGCCUUCAUCUCCUAUCCUGACUCCAUCGCGAAAACUGCUGUUCCUCAGUUGUUCUCUGUGCUGUUCUUUCUGAUGAUGGUGGUGUUGGGCGUGGGCUCGGCCGUGGCGCUGUUGUUGGCCAUCAACACGGUGCUGAUCGACUCCUUUCCGCGCGUGGGUACCGUGUACAUGUCGGCCCUUUGCUGUACGGUGGGCUUCCUUGUCGGCAUCGUUUACCUUACCCCUGGAGGUCAAUGGAUAUUGGGGCUUGUGGAUCAUUUUGGCGGAACGUUUUUGGUGCUGUUCACUGGCAUGUCUGAAAUAAUCGGAGUUAUGUGGUUCUACGGUCUAGAGAAUGUGUGCCUCGACGUCGAGUUCAUGCUGGGCAAAGGCACCUGCUUCUUCUGGCGUUGGUGCUGGGCCAUACUCACCCCCGCUAUGAUGAUUGUGGUUUUCAUAUUCGCGUUAUUCAAUAAUACCUUGGACUUUGGCGAUCAGCCCUACCCGUUUGCUGCCCUUGCAUGCGGAUAUGCUAUGCUUAUCAUCGGCAUGUUACUUGUUCCUCUUUUCAUCGGCAAGAGAAUGUGCCAGCACAGAACUGGGAAUUGUUGUGAGACUUUGAAAUUAGCAUUUCGCACGACGCCGUCAUGGGGCCCCAAAGACGAAACCACGAAAGAGCAGUGGAAGCGUUUCAAGGCGCAGGCCAAAGCGGACCUAGUGAGUCUCCAGCCCGCCAAAUGCAAGCGGAUCGGUCUAAUCCUAGUAGGCGGCUAUAGAAAUGUUUAACAAACGAUAAAGAUAAAUAUAUUUUGUAAAUUGUUCAAAAUAUUUUU